AUGAACUCGCCCUCCCUGGUUAUCCCCUCACAGCAAACACAGCAGCAAACACAGCAACAACAUCACCAGCAGUCGUCGCAGCACUUGUACAGUAACCACCAGCAGCAACAACAGCAGCAACAACAACAACCACCAACCCUUCACACACACAAGAGCUCACCCAUGGGACAACAACAGAACCUGGAGCAGAUUCGCGAGGAGACAGUGAUGGAGACCGCGAUGGAUAACUUCAUGGCAGGGGUCGAGUCGGGCGAAUACUUUGCACAGCUCCAGCUUCAGUCACCACAACUGCCACAGGCACCUUAUUCUCUCCAGUCACAAUCCACCUUCGACUACCCAGGGAACAACUCUACCAACAACAACUCCAACAGUGCGAUGGCUAUCUCGACACCGCUACUCGCUUCACAAAGCCAGACGGUCUUUGAUAUGUCAGGUUCCUCUGGAGCAGCAGGAGACUCAACCACACCUACAGUUGCUUCCACUUCGCUAUCGUCAGCUGGCAUGAUGACCUCAUCCAUGGAUGGAUCGUCUGGUUACGGAGGAGGAGGAGGAUACCCUCAGUUCUCAUCCAGCACCAACCCGCUCUUCUCGUCACCACCGAUCAGUUCUUCUGGAGCCUUCUCUCCCACCAUGCCCAACAUGACCAACUAUUUCACUCACCAGCCCAUGACGUCGACCAACAGCCAUCGCCACCAAUUUUUCUCCAACAACAUCAUUAUCCCUCCAGGUGGAUCUUUACCUACCAUGAGCCGCUCUCCUCACGAGGACUCACAGAUGGCGGGCGACCAGGGUAGCAGCGCCUACGUGGACUCACAGGACACGAAGGCAUGGCUCUGGGACUCUUAUCCUACCACCAACCCAACGCCAUCGGUUGAGGUCUUGAUGCAGAUGCAGCAACAGGAGCAACAGCAACAGCAACAACACCAGCAACAACACCAGCAACAACACCAGCAACAACACCAGCAGCAGCACCAGCAACAUCAAUACCAGAUGAGCCAGGAUCUUUCCAGCAGUAGUGGCAACUUAGCUCAACAGCAGCCGUUCAUGCACAGCCAACCUCCUCCUCAUCCCUUCUACCAACAACCGCAGGACCACAUUCAGUCUCCGCCAUUAUCGGCCAUUCAGCCCGGCUAUACAGUCUCGUCGCCCGUGACCACCCCGCCCACGACCCCACAGCGUCACCCAAGGCUCUUCCAUUCGCAAUCACAGCCUGGACUGAGGAAUAUGCAGCAGCAGCAGCAGAAGCAACAGCUUCUUCAGCAGCAGCAACAGAACGGUCUCCGUCAUCGUCAACACUCUGUCCAUUUCACAGGCGGCGGCUUUGUCUCGGGAGACCUCAGCGGGAUGCGGACGAAUCGCCAUGUCAGCCUGCCAGUAGGAUCUUAUAGCGCACCUAUCCCUUCCUUGGCCAGUUUGUCUGAGAUGAUGCAGGACUCUCCUUUGGGAAGCGCUGGUGGCAACGGCCUUUAUUCAACAGCAGAUCCUGCGACCACCUUGGCAGAGACGACCACUUUGCUAUCGAUGUCGCUCCCAUCAACGACCCAUGGAUAUUCGUUCUUGGACGGCCCACCGCCACCCAUGCACCACCACCAUCACCAUCACCACUUCUUGCCAACAAGCCCUCCUCCCUCGUCAGCUGACCUCUCAGGAACAUCGACGCCCACGACACCAAAGUCUCGCUCUCGCGCCGGAUCCAAAUCGAGAUCGCGCCCCACCUCGGCAUCGUCAGUUGUCUCUGUCAGGAAUGCAGGUGCGCCUUAUUCGCCUUCGAUUACCAACACCUCAGGACCUAUCUCUGUCGCUGCCGCAUCUCGUUCUCCAUCGUUGGUUCCUCUCUCGCCGAUCCCACCCUUCAAGCUCGGGGAUGACGCCGAUGCAACAAGCCCGCCUCCCAACUCUUACGACUCUGGCAUGAUCCUUGUCCCUGGAACCCCUGGAGCAGCUGGCAACGCCACCGGUGCUACACCAUCUGGAGGAGUCACAGGGACGACAGCUGGAGGAAAGGCUAGACGGAUCUCGAGGACCAAGCUCCCCUCAAAGACACGCUCCCGGUCUAGUACACUUACGGCGUCGAACGCUGGUAGUGGGUUGAUUGCAGGAUCGCCUGCUGAGGCAGCUACUGGCUUGGCGACGAGCCCUUUUUCGAUGGUUCUCUCUGAGCAGGAAGAGGCGGAUCUUCAGGGACUGGCGGAUGCUUCUGCAGAUUCCCUUCAGCAUCACCACCUUCAGCGCCAACACCAGCUACAGCAACUCCAUGUGAAGUCGGGCAUUGAGCUCACACCGGGUGGGUCUCAACCAGGUGACGAUAUCGACCCCUUCCAGCUCGAUACAACCGUUCAACACCAGCAGUACCAGCACUUGGAUCCCGCUAUGCUGAACAUGUCGUCAGCCUUGAAUGACCCAGACGGUGGAUUGGAUGAAGACCUUGAAGACGACGAUGGCAUGGACGAGGAUGGUGCAGGACUAGGCGAGGAUGGCUCUAGCACUCCAGGAGCCGAAGAGUCAUCGUCUUCCGCCAACACCAACCCCACCGGCAAGCCCAUCCCCUGCCCAAUCCCAAGCUGCUCCAAGACCUUUGCUCGGCCCUUCAACUUGAAUGCCCACGUCAAGUCCCACGAUGUCCUCAAGCCCUAUGGCUGCCAUCUCUGCAGCCGCGUCUUUUCGCGCAAGCACGAUCUCCAACGGCAUAUCCGAGUCCACACUGGUUCAAAGCCCUAUGUCUGCGUGAAUUGUCAAAAGGCGUUUGCCAGAACCGAUGCCCUGUGUCGGCAUUACAAGUGCGAGGAAGCCUGUCGGGAGUUUAUGCAGCAGGAUGAAGUCCGGAAGCAGGCUCAGCAGAACGUCCAGCAUUCGUUGCACCAGGAACAGAUUGAGCUCCAACAAGCUCAGCAGGCGUUUGCGUUGGCCAGGCAGCAGGAGGCUGAGGCUCGAGCUGCGGCUGCGGCUGCGGGAGGGUAUGCCCUGGAAGCGGUUGCUGAGGAUGUAGCACCCCGGACAGGCGCGGAUGUGGUGGAUGAGUUGAGCAUCAAGAGUAUCAUCAAGAUCGAGCAGCAGCAACAACAGCAGCCGAAGUUGAGACGCACUUCUACGAUCACUUCGUUGUCCGCCGCAGCCAUGGAUUCGAAGGCUGUCACUACUUCCACCACCACAAUAAUUUCUUCGUCUGCUGGUGUAGAUGGGUCUGUGAAGGCAGAGAGCCAACAGGACUAA